AUGAGCAAAGACAGGGAACAGGGCCGAGCCAACUCUCAGUGGUCCCCCUACCACAACUCUCAACUCAACACUCACAUCGACAUCCCUUCUUCUCCCAGCUUUCCCCUCUCCGCGCCCCCCACCGCCUCCCCCUCCAUUCCUGACCGUCCGGCUCUUCCUACUCGUUCUUCCACCCUAGGGCCUCCAGAUCUCAAAACAAACCCGAAUUCUCUCCCAAAGCCCCGCAGCGAAGACCUCAAUCACAACCAUUUGUCGUCCUCACCGUCUCCAUCUUCCCCGAGGCCGUCUCCACCCUUCCUCACCUCCCCAUCAGCUACAAGUCGUCCAGGCACUCCCUCAAAGCCACCGUCCUCUUCAGGCCAUUCAGACAACUCUUACAAUCCACCCACCCACUCAGAAUCUCACUCAGAGGCCUCUACCUCCAAUUCAAAUCCCUCAAGGCCCCCACCCAGCACCACUUCCACUUCCACAAGUCUAUCCUCCACCACAUGUUCCGCCUGUGCAAAGCCAAUCCAGGGUCCGUUUGUCCGCGCAUUGGGCGCCGUCUUCCACUUGAAUUGUUUCAGAUGCAUGGACUGUGGUGAAGUCGUCGCUUCAAAGUUCUUUCCCAUCGAGGGCCAGGGGGGCAGGCAAAGUCCGCUUUGCGAACGCGAUUACUUUCGACGGCUUAAUUUGAUCUGUGCAAAGUGUGGUAUGGCAUUGAGAGGGAGUUAUAUCACGGCAUGUAACAAAAAGUACCAUGUCGAACAUUUUACAUGUUCACUCUGCUCCACUCUAUUUGGCCCCCAGGAUUCAUAUUACGAGCACGAUGGAGACGUUUAUUGUCAUUUCCACUACUCUACUCGUUUUGCCACAAAGUGUGCAGGCUGCAACAGCGCCAUCCUAAAGCAGUUCGUCGAGAUCAACAGGAAUAUGAGGGACGAGUGUUGGCAUCCAGAGUGUUACAUGAUCAACAAGUUCUGGAAUGUUAAAGUAUCAACACGCCGUCCGACAAGUUCCAUAUCUGUCGAUGGUGAUCACAAUGAACCUGCCUAUGUCGAGGAAGAACAGCGAGAAACACCCUCUAGCUUAAAAGACAAGCAAGUUCGCAUGGAACAACAGGUCUAUCGUAUUUGGACUGUUCUAUCCGCUUUUGAAGAGUCUAGUGCUGCCUGUAUCUCUGACAUGCUCAGACAAGUCAGCAACGGCGCAUACCUCGACGCCAUCCGAAUGGCAGAAAAGUUCAUCCUUCAUGUAGAAGUUCUAUUUGGCACAAUUGACGAUCUCGAGUUCCACUUUGCCUCUCUAAACGUGAAAGGCAUGUCACACGUUAGGGAAGCUCGUAUGCUAUGUCGGAAGACCGUCGAACUAUUUACGUUACUAUCUCACACUCAGGAAACCGGUGCUCGUAGAAUGGGCAUGACACAGGAACUGCUCGCUCUCGUGACUGGCUUGGCACAUUAUCUGAAAAUCCUCAUCCGGAUUGCUCUGACAGGGGCCCUAAAGCUCGAGCGCGAACAAAGCGUAAGGGAGGCCAUGGGCUCUUUCCUCGAUAAACUCCAUCUGUUGGCCGUCCAGGGUGGCAAUCCAGCUGCAAAGCGAAUGAUCAAGGGUCAAAACGGAGAAAUGAUCGCAAGCAAUCCGAAUGCCAACUUUGGCACCCAAGGCGUCACAUAUGGAUUUCGCAGUCUCGCUCCAGAGAACGCGGGUGAAUCGCCCUUUUCACAGCGAGAAGGAGGCUCGAAAUCGUCUUCAAAUCCUCCCUCGGAUCUGUGCGUUCGAUGCAACUUGACUGUUGAAGAGGAUUGCGUGCGGCUAGGCACAUACCAGCGGUGGCAUUCGCAUUGUUUACAGUGUGCCCAAUGCGGCAAGGUCGCAGCCGUGCCAGUAUCAAAGGAGCAACCGUCCAAGAGUGGGGAUGAGAAGGAUGUUAGCAAAGAUGGCUCAAGUCGUGACCAACCCCCAAAACUUUCAACUGCUCGACGACCACCAGCUAAUGUGGGUGCGUUUGUGUAUGAUCCGGAAUCGAGGAAGGAUACGUCAUCCUUUGGCGAAGUUCCAACCCUUAUCCUUUGCACCGAACAUGCCCAUCCAGGUUGCAGGGGAGGCUUCCAAGCUGUACAGCGUCUGGAACAAUACGCGUUCCUGCUCAACGUAGCCCUACGGCGGUUGUAUCUCCUCCUCAAGAAACAAGGGGUUGUUCCUAUGUCACCGAUUUCCUCCUCGGGCGAUCCGGGUUCCGAGCUGUAUCGGAACUCAGGAGAUAUAAUGCGCAUGAAAUCAGUGCAUUUGGAUCGCAAAUUGUCCGCCACCGCUCGUCUGCCAAAACGCUCUACGAUUGUGGAAAGCCCUGCGGGACGAACCGUGCACCCGUAUGAUCUGCCACAGCGGCAGCACGAGCCUGGAGCUCAAGGUACAUUGCAUCAAAACAACGUCAAUGUGCAUCAAAGUCAGCAGGGCCAACAGGGGCAAUUUCAAGGCCACCAGCAUCCUCACCAUCAGUAUUCUCCUCCCAGUCAGCACAACACGCCUCGUGCCAAUAUGGGCAAGCUGCCCGUCGAACCUCAGGGGCAAGGCCUACGGCCUUCGCUGACGCGAAACAACACAGAGGUCAUGAUCGUCGAUGAAAGCGCACCGAAUUCGCCUGCUGGAGGCGAAGAGUCGACGAUACCAAAGCGCGAUGAGGGACUCACACUUGCUGAUAUCCCUCAGCUCAUGGAGGUUGCCCAGGCUCGAGAACAACAACGAUCGCUUCCCCGGGAAAGCUCCACGCCAUAUAUUGCCGAGCUGAGUGCUUUGGAAUUGGCUAUUGUCAAACACUGUGCCGUUCUCGCCUUGACGCGAUCGCCGCUUAAAGAUCAGUUUGACUUGGACGAGAUAUUGGAAAUGGUGGAAACCAAGAAGAGCGGGUUCUGGAACAAGCUCUUCAAGGGCGAUAAGAAGAACGUUAAGAAGAAAGGUGUAUUUGGCAUUCCCCUCGAACUUCUAGUGGAAAGAGAAGGAUCGGAUUCUCUCCUGGGAGCAACGCGGGCAACAUUACGAGUGCCAAGUUUCAUUGACGAUGUCAUUUCGGCAAUGCGACAAAUGGAUAUGUCUGUGGAGGGUAUCUUUCGCAAGAGUGGAAACAUCCGUAGAUUACGAGAUCUGACAGACGCCAUUGACCGGGAUCCUUCGUCCGUGGACUUGUCCCAAGAUAACCCAGUACAAGUCGCAGCACUGCUUAAAAAGUUUUUGAGAGAGUUGCCUGAUCCACUGAUGACUUUCAAAUUGCACCGGCUAUUCGUAUCAUCACAAUCUCUUCCAUCGGAAGAGGACAGGAAUCGAUAUCUCCACAUGAUCUCACUACUUUUGCCUAAGAGCCAUCGAGAUACUAUGGAGGUCCUAUUUGUGUUCUUGAAAUGGGUUGCAUCAUUUGCCCAUAUGGAUGCAGAGACUGGAAGCAAGAUGGACUUGGGGAAUCUUGCGACUGUCAUCUGCCCUAGCAUCCUUUAUGCCCGGGGCCGAGAUGCACUGCGAGAUGAAACAUUCAGUGGCCUACGUGUUGUCACUUCGCUUCUGGAACACCAAGAUGAAUACUUCACGGUGCCAGAGGAGUUUUUACCUAUCCUCAACGACCAAGAAUACUUUGCCAACUCGCUGGACCUUCCCAGUAAGGAAUUCCUGAAAAAGGUAGACACGUAUAUGCGGUUGAAGGGUUCCAAUGGACGGCCUAUGCCUGGAACACCCUAUUUGAAUCAGCCUAAUGGUGCACAACCUCGAUAUCCCCCGAUAAAUUCACCUGUGUCCGAGCGACCGCCACAGGGAAUGACUUUUGGAACGCCGUCGAAUUCAGAACGGAAUGUACAGCGGGCACAGCAGCAACAACAACAAGGGAAUGAACAGUAUGGCCCGCCAUCGACUUCUCCCUCCACCCCUCAGGGCGUGCAAAAUCAAGGUAUGGUACAAAAUAUCCCUCGGAAUCCGCAGAUGGAUGACUGGCCACCACCACCUGUUUCCCGUGCAAACAUUUCCAGUAGUCCCUCUAGGCCAUCAUCAGUUGUAGCUCCCCAGUCCAGAUUACCACCCGCCGACCAGAGUCAGUCGCAAACUCAACUCUACAGUCCUGCUAUGAAUGGCUAUCCAUCUUCAGCAUCUACUCGACAGCGCUCGUGA